GUCAGCGACUGUCCUGCUCGCGCCGCCUCGCGCUCUCCCUCAAUCACUGGCACCGAAGGCUCCGUUAAGCGGCGGCGGUGGUUCCUGUUUCCGUUUCUUCCUCUCCCUCGAGUCGCGAGUAGCAUCCUCCACCCAGCCACCCCUCCCACUCUCCCAACGCAGGGCAGCUGCGGCUGAGGGCUGUGGCGGCGGCGACUGGGGAACAGCGGAGACCGCCUCUGCUCCCGCCUCGGGUUCCUGCUUUUGCUAAGAGAGCACCCAUGACACAAGAUAAAGUGCUCUAUUGGCCUUAUUGAUUAAUUGAACAAAUUCAGUUGAUGAUUUCAGUGACCCAGAUUCAAGCAAUAAUAUCUUUCUUUGGAAAUAUCAUGCAGUUUCGUCAGCUCCUUAUGUUGUAGGAGAAGAAAGGAUUUGCAUUAUAAACAACUGAUCAGAGAAAAAAAAGAUGAGGAACUCAUUUUUUAAAAUGCAACAAACUGUCACCUUUCUCCCCUCUACCUAUUACAUAUUCUAGGGGAACUCUGUGCCUAGAGAUAAGACUUUGUUUAUGAAGCCUUGGAAGUGUCAGAUGGUGUUAAUAUUAUAUCUUUGCUUGCAAAUUUUCUCUUUGGAGAGAAAAUUGUUUUGUUUCCAAAGCGUGUAGAGUCCAUGAAGCACAGGACAAUAAAGCUUCCUACUCAUUCCACUAGGAGAAUCUCGUUGAAAGCUUCACCACGGGACUGACUACCAGAGACACUAAUUUAUCUAAAUCAUCAUGCGUUGAAACAACAGAAGCCUACUACCUUUGCACUAACAGGAAACAGAGUUAAGAUGUUUGCAAUUCUUUGAGCUCCAGAAAGCCAGGGGAGUGAGUUGAAAAUCUGAAAAUGCGGUCAUGGACUGGUUCCUGGCGUUGGAUUAUGCUCAUUCUUUUUGCCUGGGGGACCUUGCUGUUUUAUAUAGGUGGUCAUUUGGUACGAGAUAAUGACCACCCUGAUCACUCUAGCCGAGAACUGUCCAAGAUCCUGGCAAAGCUUGAACGCUUAAAACAGCAAAAUGAAGAUUUGAGGCGAAUGGCUGAAUCUCUCCGGAUACCAGAAGGCCCUAUGGACCAGGGGCCAGCUUCCGGAAGAAUUCGUGCUUUAGAAGAGCAGCUUGUGAAGGCCAAAGAACAAAUUGAAAAUUAUAAGAAACAAACUAGAAAUGGUCUGGGGAAGGAUCACGAAAUCCUGAGGAGGAGAAUUGAAAAUGGAGCGAAAGAGCUCUGGUUUUUCCUACAAAGCGAACUGAAGAAACUGAAGAACUUAGAAGGAAAUGAACUCCAAAGACACAUAGAUGAAUUUCUGUCAGAUUUGGGGCAUCAUGAAAGGUCUAUAAUGACGGAUCUAUACUACCUCAGUCAAACAGAUGGAGCAGGUGAUUGGAGGGAAAAAGAGGCCAAAGAUUUGACAGAUCUGGUCCAGCGGAGAAUAACAUAUCUUCAGAAUCCCACGGACUGCAGCAAAGCCAAGAAGCUAGUGUGUAAUAUCAACAAGGGCUGUGGCUAUGGCUGUCAGCUCCAUCAUGUGGUCUAUUGCUUCAUGAUUGCAUAUGGCACGGAGCGAACACUUAUCUUGGAAUCUCAGAAUUGGCGCUAUGCUACUGGUGGAUGGGAAACUGUGUUUAGACCUGUAAGCGAGACCUGCACAGACAGAUCUGGUGUCUCCACUGGACACUGGUCAGGUGAAACAAAGGACAGAAAUGUCCAGGUGGUAGAGCUCCCCAUUGUAGACAGUCUUCAUCCCCGCCCUCCCUAUUUACCCCUGGCUGUGCCAGAAGACCUUGCAGAUCGACUUGUUCGAGUCCAUGGUGAUCCUGCAGUAUGGUGGGUGUCUCAGUUUGUCAAAUACUUGAUCCGCCCACAACCUUGGCUGGAAAAGGAAAUAGAAGAGGCCACCAAGAAGCUUGGCUUCAAACACCCAGUUAUUGGAGUCCACGUCAGACGCACAGACAAAGUGGGAACAGAAGCUGCCUUCCAUCCCAUUGAGGAGUACAUGGUGCAUGUUGAAGAACAUUUCCAGCUUCUUGCUCGCAGGAUGCAAGUGGAUAAAAAAAGAGUAUAUUUGGCCACAGAUGACCCUUCAUUAUUAAAGGAGGCAAAAACAAAAUACCCCAGUUAUGAAUUUAUUAGUGAUAAUUCUAUCUCUUGGUCAGCUGGGCUACACAAUCGAUACACAGAAAAUUCACUUCGGGGUGUGAUUCUGGAUAUACACUUUCUCUCCCAGGCAGACUUCCUAGUGUGUACUUUUUCAUCCCAGGUCUGUCGAGUCGCUUAUGAAAUCAUGCAAACGUUGCAUCCUGAUGCCUCUGCAAACUUCCAUUCUUUGGAUGACAUCUACUAUUUUGGGGGCCAAAAUGCCCACAACCAGGUUGCCAUUUAUCCUCACCAACCUCGAACUGCAGAUGAAAUUCCCAUGGAACCUGGAGAUAUCAUUGGUGUGGCUGGCAAUCACUGGGAUGGCUAUUCUAAAGGCGUCAACAGGAAACUGGGGAGGACGGGCCUCUAUCCCUCCUACAAAGUCCGAGAGAAGAUAGAAACAGUCAAGUACCCUACAUAUCCUGAGGCCGAGGAAUAAAGCUGAAGAUGCAGAAGGACAACCAAACUCAGUUCCAGCCGUUUGAGCCAAACAGUGGGUGAAGAAGUCCCUGACCUAACAACACACGGUUAAAUGAGUAGACACCCUCAGCACCAGGAGCAGCUGAGAACUGACAGAUGCUUUGUUGGUGGAAUUGCUCUUUAACAAGGGCUACAAUGCCCAGAACCCCUGCACAGUCCACUGUACUCACAUAUAACAUGCAAAGAUGUUGUUUUCUACUUUGCCCUUUCUUUCAAGAUUAUGUCUCCAUGAGAAAAACACUGCCACAUUGAGUAAUUUAAGUGACACAGACAUUUGUGUGAGACUUCAAACAUGGUGCCUAUCUCUGAGAGACCUGUGGCCUAAGGGGAAGACUUGAACAGCUCCCUAUGUGGGGAGGUGGGUUCUUAGCCAGUGGUGCUAUUGUAACCACUGAAUUCACUCCAGUCAGCAGAUUCAGAAUGAGAAUGGAUGUUCUUGUCUGGAAUUUUUUUUAAGUAAUUGCCUAAGUCCAUUUACUUCACCUCUAAUAAUGAAGGAAAAUACAUCAAAAUAAAAUAUCUCCACUCCAUCAGGAACUUUUAUAAAACAAUGCCAUGAACAGAUUCUUUAGUACUCCGUGUUUCUGGACAUUCUCUUUGAUAACAAAAAAUAAAUUUUAAAAAGAGGAA